UCUUAUGUUACUGGUGCAGCUGAUAAAAUGAAGUUCACACCGCCUCCCGCAUCGCUGCGAAGUCCUUUAAUCAUUCCGGAAAAGAUAAUGAUGGGUCCUGGACCGUCCAACUGCUCCAAGCGCGUACUGACCGCCAUGACCAACACCGUGUUGAGUAACUUCCAUGCCGAAUUGUUCCGCACGAUGGACGAGGUCAAGGAUGGACUGCGAUACAUUUUCCAGACAGAGAAUCGGGCCACCAUGUGCGUGAGUGGUUCGGCUCAUGCCGGCAUGGAAGCGAUGCUAAGCAAUCUGCUCGAGGAAGGCGAUCGAGUGUUGAUCGCGGUAAAUGGCAUUUGGGCAGAGCGUGCUGUCGAAAUGUCUACGCGUUACGGUGCAGAUGUUAGAACGAUCGAGGGCCCAGCAGAUCGACCAUUUACCCUGGAAGCACUGACCAGGGCCAUCGAACUGCAUCAACCCAAGUGUCUGUUUCUGACGCACGGGGACUCGUCAAGUGGCCUACUGCAACCGCUGGAAGGUGUCGGUCACAUUUGCCACCAGCACGACUGUUUGCUUAUCGUCGACGCCGUUGCAUCGCUGUGCGGUGUACCGUUUUAUAUGGAUAAAUGGGAAAUUGAUGCCGUGUAUACCGGCGCUCAAAAAGUGCUCGGAGCACCACCGGGAAUCACGCCCAUUUCAAUAAGCCCCAAAGCGCUAGAUGUUAUUAGGAACCGUCGUACCAAGUCAAAAGUAUUCUAUUGGGAUCUGUUGCUGCUGGGAAAUUAUUGGGGCUGUUAUGACGAGCCUAAACGUUAUCACCAUACAGUUGCAUCUAACCUAAUAUUUGCUUUACGCGAGGCUUUAGCACAAAUUGCGGAAGAAGGACUGGAGUCACAGAUCAAACGCCGCACAGAAUGUGCACAAAUUUUGUACGAUGGUCUUGGAAAGAUGGGCCUCGAGAUAUUCGUCAAGGAUCCCAGACAUCGUUUGCCCACGGUGACCGGUAUUAUGAUACCGAAAGGUGUUGACUGGUGGAAGGUUUCACAAUAUGCUAUGAAUAAUUUCUCGUUGGAAAUUCAAGGUGGACUGGGACCCACAUUUGGUAAAGCAUGGCGUGUCGGUAUUAUGGGCGAAUGUUCAACAGUACAGAAAAUACACUUCUACCUCUACGGCCUUAAAGAAUCGCUUCAGGCAACACAUCCUGAUUAUGUGUUUGAGGCAAGCAACGGAUUUCAUUAAGCUAAAGAAGAACAAUUGCAUCCUCGUAUUACAGUUGCAUCAAUGAGUACUAUUGCACUUAACCUAUAAGUGUAGAAAGUAGACUCAGUUGUACAUGCGUAACUAAAAUUAACAUUAGUGCAAUUAAAAAGUGAACUAUCUAUACUU